CCACAAGACUCCAUGGCUGAGUGAUUGAAGAACUCAAAACCCAGCUUCAAUGGCGCCUACAACAUCUGAAUCAACUUAACCGAGAUAUUUCUUACACCCAGAUUGAAACCACACUACAAUAAGCAGUCCAUAUUCUCCCUGAAUAGAACAUCAAAAAUCCUUAAUUCUCCAAUUCCAAAUUCCAUAGCUGAUCAAUUCAAUGGGAACCACAUUCAAGCCAAGUCAACCCAGGGGACUCCACAACAUCAUAAAUCCAAAGAUGGAUGAAAUCAAAUUCCUGGAAUCGAUCACAACACAGUUCCAAUGGUUUGGAAAUCUAAAAAAAAAUAUAACUCUAUGGUCUCUACACAAGGAGCAGCUUGGCACGAAACAGACAACAACGUGUCUUUAGAGUGCAAUGGGAUAGUUGAUUUGAAGAGACCACAGAAUUGUCUAUAUUUUGUUAGCUGUCCAAUGAAAAGGAAACUGGAAAUGAUUCAGUGUGGUAGUGGUAAAUGAGACCAAAGACUAGUUUUCGAACGGUGCAUAGUUCCAAUGGUUUUGGGAACAAAUGAAGAUGGUGAGGGAUUGCAGCAACAACCUGUGUGUGGAGCAGUGCAACUUCAUUGGCUCUGUGAUUUUAGAUAAGAAUAGCCAAGAAGGUAACAGAGUAAUCAUAAGAAUGUGGAGUAAAAGUCAACACUUUCGAAUGUCUGAAUGUGAUCAGAAAAGGGAAGAUUCAACAAACAAAAGGAAAGUAGAGGAACAUGUGACUCUCGACGUCCCCAUAAAUGGAAACAAGAGCAUAAACAGAAGGAAAUUUGUGAUUAUGUGGAGAAUUAAGGGCCAGAUUAACGCCACAAUCACUCUCUUUUUUUGGGCCUCUCAUUCUUUUCCUUUACAUUUGCGUUUAGGAAUUUGGUCUCCUUGUCCAAAUUCCAGGUUUUAAGAAUAAGCAGAUCAGAUUCAAAUCUAUGUACGAUUUCCUUUGGGGCCGAGAACACUAGAGAGGAGACUUGCAGACGUAUUGCAUCAUCAACUAUGGAGUUUAAAAGCGCUGAAGAGGGAAGAAUUGAGAAGUUCCCGGUAGGAAUGAGGGUUCUUGCUGUGGAUGACAAUCCAACCUGCCUUCGGAAACUGGAAGAGUUGCUGCUUCGUUGCAAGUAUCAUGUGACGAAGACAAUGGAGUCGAAGAAAGCUCUGGAAAUGCUGAGAGAGAAUAGCAACAUGUUUGAUCUGGUGAUAAGCGAUGUAGAGAUGCCAGACGCCGAUGGCUUUAAGUUGCUUGAAACUGGUCUUGAAAUGGACCUUCCUGUCAUCAUGUUGUCAGCUCAUAGCGACUACGACAGCGUAAUGAAAGGUAUUUUACAUGGUGCAUGUGAUUAUCUGGUUAAGCCUGUUGCCCUCAAGGAGCUUCAGAAUAUAUGGCAUCAUGUUGUGAAGAAGAACAUUAAAUCUUACGCAAAAAACAUAGGCACUUCCCGCCAACUGCUUCCACCUUCUCAAUCCGAUCUUGUCCCAGGCGUCAGCAAGAAACGUAAAGACAAAGUCAAUGACAGUGGUGAUGAUGAUGACAGUGACAGAGAAGAGGAUGAUGGCGAGGGGAGUGAGCAGGAUGGUGACGAGUCAGGUACUCGGAAGAAGCCACGUGUUGUUUGGUCACAGGAGCUCCACCAGAAGUUUGUCAAUGCUGUUCAGCAAUUGGGCCUCGACAAGGCUGUUCCCAAGAAAAUACUUGAUCUCAUGAAUAUAGAAGGUCUCACUAGGGAAAAUGUAGCCAGCCAUUUGCAGAAGUACAGACUGUACUUGAAAAAGAUAGACGAGGGUCAGCAGCAAAAUAUGACCCCAGAUGCAUUUGGAACAAGAGAUUCAUCUUACUUUCAAAUGGCUCAACUUGAUGGGCUUAGAGAUUUUACUGCCACAAGACAACUGCCAAGCUCGGGACUCUUAUCACGUUCCCAUCUCACCAAAAUCCAACCCCAUUUGUAUUCAUCAAUAAAUCUUCAAGGAAUGAACUCCUCCGGCUUCAUCCAACAGGGGCAUCACCAGAGCUCAAGCAACUCAGCUAAUCCAUUUGGAACAUAUCACAGUACUCUGCCACCAAGAAUCCAGAACGUUAAUCUCUUUCAGCGAACUUCAUCUCCACUAGAAUCCCUCCAGUUUCCUAGAAGCAAGUGUUCUGCAUACAUGGGAGAUUUUAAAAGCAUAGGGGACCGACCAAUUGGUGGUGGCUUCGUAGAUUCUUGUAUGUCAUAUGGUAGCUCUAGCACCUCUUUGCCAAGUGCUUCAACCAAUACUCUAAUGUUGCAAGGAAACUAUACACAACCCUUGCAUACGGUCUCGAGUGUAAACCAGCCUUGCAUCGAGAAAACUCUGUCCAACGCUGCCUCCCCAAACAUCAGCGUCCAAGGCUUGUCUAGACUUCCUAGUCAAAGCUGGCAAGGGAAUUUAAACACAACCAGAUUCCUAUCAAAUUCCUCUCCACUAAAUCAUGCCUUCUUCCCGGAUCAAGUGACAUGUGCAGGGAACAAUCUGGGAGACUGUAGCUCUUUGGUUUCUGCAGGGAAUCCUGGCGGAGGGAUGCAGUGCGAGCCUCAAUUACUUGGCGGCUUUUUGCAGAACAUUAAUUCCUUAGACGGACAGAAAUGGGAGCAACAGAACUGCAGCAUGGUGAACAAUACAUUCGGUAACGUUGAGUAUCCCCUACCAGGAGAUAACAUGGUAUUCAGGGAAAACAAUGCGGCAAGAAGCAAAGGCGUGGAUGAGUCAUUGAUGAGCCCAAUAGAGAACAGUGGAAAUGUCAACAGUCAGGAGUAUGUAGGAAAACCUAGUACAAUGGUAAGUGCGGAGAUGAUGAAGUCGGGAAAGCCAGAGAAUGCUCAUAUUGACAACCAGAACCAGCACGAUGUAUUUGAUGACAUUAUGAAUGAGAUGAUGAAACAGGAGGAGAAUAACGGGAUGGUGUCAGUGGCUGCUAGAUUUGGGUUUGAUUCAUUUCCUCCGCCUUAGUAGUAAUCUCCUUCUGUACCGGUUGUUGCAUUAUCUUGCUCCACUUGAGAGACCAUUUUGCCAUUGUUUUUUUUCUUUUUGCAUUUUCUGUCCACAUAGUUAAACUCCGAUUGUCAAUAGAUCAUCAGCUGACACAGUGCACCAACAUGUUUCAUACCCUCAUUUAUGAAUUGGAAUUGGAAUUGGCAGUGAAAGCGACUAUUACAAAUUUUACU